UUUACGUACUUCAAAAUUCAUCUCCGCUGAUGUGCACUGCUAAUGACAUAGCUGUUAGCAUAGGUGAAAUCCAUGGUUGGCCUUGAUUUUCAAUGUUUUCCCAGACCAUCCAGGAGACAUUUUUUUUCCAGGGUGUCAUCCUUGAGGCUCCGCGAAGGUUGGAUGCGCCCGGAACACCUUACCAGGCAGUCGCUGGAGGGAUCCUCAGUGACCUCAGUGGAAAGGGAGAUGAAGUUCCACGGAUUUGAUUUCUGUGGAAGGAGUACCCGCACCAAUGUUCACUGUAGCACCCCAACCGAUAGGCCGAAGGUGCCGGCACUGGAGGUAGAGGGUGGCCACAACAAAAUGGGAGUGAGUUGAGCAGGAUCCACCCCAGUGCGGCAGAUGCGAGCUUUCUGGAUAUGUCCAAACCAUCUAGGUCUGCUCUCGCUUACUUGGUCCCCAAAUCUUUGAACCAUGGCCAUCCCUCUGAUGAGCUUGUUUGUAAUCUUAUCCCACCAAUCUUAUCCUCGACACAACCUCAAUGUCAUCUCUGCUUCCUGUUGUCUCUUAAGUGCCACAGUUUCAAAUCCAGACAUCAUGCCCCCCCCGGCCGCCGCUUCAUCACACAAACUCUUAACGGCUGGCACUUUCCUCCACCAGUUCCAACCUGCUCAGAGCAUUUUCUUCACCUCCUCACUACACUCACCAUUGCUUUGGACUGUUGACACUCAGUGUACAAAAUCCACCACUCUCAUUAUCGCUUCUCCCUCGAGCCUUACUCUCCUGCCCUAUUCCCAAUUCAGGCAUAUCAAUUCUGUCUCUGGCUAAUCUAAAUUCCUCCCCAUUUCUGUCCAUGCCUCUUACCUUUCAAAAUGUUCAUCCAGCUUCUCCCUGCUUUCACUGCAAAUCCCAAUGUCGUCUGUGAACGCCUUGGUCCAGAAUCCAGUCUAACCUCAUCUGUCAGCCUGUCCAUCACUCGUGCAUCGAGGAAGGAGCUCAGAGCUGAUCCCUGAUGCAAUCUCACCAACACCGUGAACACCGACAGCACAUCGGGCCCUGGUAAUAGUAAAUCAUUGGAACUAAAAAUGAAACUUCGGAGGGGAAGGCCACAGCUGAAAUGAGACAGUGCCUCUAUCCCGUCAGCAUCUCGCCUCGUCGCCUCCUCCGGACUUCUCCUUUUUCACAUUCACCAUCAUCAAGGGGAGCUCGACAAGACUCAUCACCCCACGAAUGAUGGCGUUGCCUUUGGGGCCUGGUUCUCUGUCGCCAUGACGAUGCCCUUCAGCCCGCUGUCCAGCGACGAGGAGCACCAGAGGAUGCUGGGAAACAGCAGACACCCAUACCCAGGGGCAGAAGAAGAGGAGGAAGAGGAAGAAGAAGAAGAGGAGGAGGAGGAAGUGGAGGAAGAUGAGCGCGAUGAGGACGGUGAGGAGGAGAACGGCGAGCUGGAGGACGAAGAUGUGGUGGAGGUCCGGCGAGGGGGCGGCAGGGGCGAGGGGCCGAGGCAGUUGGGGAAAAGCGCCGGACGAGCUGGAAACCUGGGUCACGCGUCCAAUCCUUACUCAGCCAAUCCCCCGCACCAGCAGCCGGCCAAUCAGCAGCAGCGGAGGCAGAAGGAGCGCACGUCCGGCACUGGUCCGCCAUCCCCCGAGGACGCCCACAUCGCCAUGAUGGUGUUCCGCAUCGGCAUUCCGGACAUCAAACAAACGAAAUGUUUGCGCUUCAACCCGGACGCCACCGUGUGGAAGGCCAAGCAGCAGGUGCUGUGCUCGCUCACCGAGUCCCUUCGAGACGUUCUCAACUACGGCCUCUUCCAGCCCGCCACCGACGGCCACGACGCCAAAUUCCUGGAGGAGGAGCGGCUGCUCAAGGAGUACCCGCAGUCCUUUGAGAAAGGGGUGCCCUAUUUGGAGUUCCGAUACAAGACGCGAGUGUACAAGCAAACCAACCUGGAUGAGAAGCAACUGGCCAAACUGCACACCAAGGCCAGUCUGAAGAAAUUCAUGGAUUACAUUCAAACCAAUGGUGUGGACAAGAUGAGUAAAUUCUUGGACAAAGGCCUCGAUCCCAACUACCAGGAUGCUGACACAGGGGAGACGCCGCUGUCGCUGGCGGUUCAGUGCGAGCCGGGCGGCGGUGAGCCCAUCCGGGUCUUGGUGGAGGGAGGCGCCCACAUCGACUUCCGUGCCAAAGAUGGCCUCACGCCACUCCACAAGGCCGUCCGAGGCCACCGCCAUAUUGCCCUCUUGGUCCUGCUGUCUCUGGGCGCCUCCCCGGACUAUAAGGACCGCCGGGGUCUCACGCCGCUGUACCACACCGUGCUGACAGGGGGUGACACCUCGUGCUGUGAAACGCUGCUCUACCACCACGCCAAGCUGGGCAUCAGGGACGAGAACGGCUGGGACGAAACGCACCAGGCGUGUCAGAACGGCAACUCUCAACACCUGGAGCACCUCCUCUUCUACGGGGCCGACUCCACCUCCCAGAAUGCAUCUGGAAACACUGCCUUGCACAUAUGUGCUUUAUAUAACAAGGAAAGCUCUGCACGAAUUCUGCUCUACCGAGGAGCCAACAAAGAGACAAAGAACAACAGCGGCCAAACACCCUUUCAGGUGGCCGUCAUGUCGGGUCAUUUCGAGCUGGGGGAGAUCAUCAAAAACCACCGGGAUGCCGAUGUAGUUCCCUUUGUGGAGUCUCCAAAGUACGCCCCCCAAAGGCGCGAGAGCACGCACACCCUGACGUUGCCUCAUCCACACCCGUUCCUGCGUGCCAACAGUGACAGCAGCAUGAAUUUACCCGACUGGAUGGCCAUGCCCAACUCGCUGAGCACCAACAUCGUCUCUGUGCAGGGAUUCAAACACACAGGAACCAUACGCAGCUCCAGCAGCCCCCGAGGGGCCAGGACGCGAUCCCCGUCCCGAGGCAGGAUGGGGGACAAGGAGGACCGAAGCCGGCAGCAGAGUCGCAAACAAGGGCCCACUGCUGCCCCUGCUACCGCAAGCACAGCCAGCACGCAGACCGCUGGCCAGCGUCGACGCUUGUACAGCGCCGUGCCGGGACGCGUCUUUGUGGCCACGCGAGCACAUUCAGCCCAGGGAGAGCGGGAAAUCAGCUUCAGCAAGGGCGACAGGGUCAAAGUGUUGAGCGUGGGCGAAGGCGGCUACUGGGAGGGAACGGUCCGCGGUCGUACCGGCUGGUUCCCCUCUGACUGUGUGGAGGAAGUCUUGCUUCGAAGUCAAGAAGCCAGAUCAGAGAGCCGCGGGGAGCGUGCUAAGCGUUUGUUCCGUCAUUAUACAGUGGGCUCCUACGACAGCUUCGACGCUCCCAGCGACUACAUCAUCAAGGAGAAGACGGUGCUUCUGCAGAAGAAAGACAGCGAGGGCUUCGGAUUUGUGCUGCGAGGUGCCAAAGCUCAGACCCCCAUCGAGGAGUUCACCCCGACUCCCGCCUUCCCCGCCCUGCAGUACCUGGAGUCGGUGGACGAGGGCGGCGUGGCCUGGCGGGCCGGUCUCAGGAUGGGCGACUUCCUCAUCGAGGUCAACGGUCAGAACGUGGUGAAGGUGGGUCACCGCCAGGUGGUCAACAUGAUCCGGCAGGGCGGCAACAGUCUGAUGGUCAAGGUUGUCAUGGUGACCCGCAACCCAGACAUGGAGGAGGGCGCCCGCAAGAAAAUCCCGCAGCAAAGCAAGAGGCUGAGCGCACCCGCCAUCGCCCUGCGGUCCAAGUCCAUGACGUCGGAGCUGGAGGAGAUGGUGGAAAGAGCUGCCACCCCGUGGAAAAAAAAGUCAGAACUGGAAUCCUCCCAAGUGGCUGAGAAGAAGAGGACAGUCUAUCAGAUGGCUCUGAAUAAACUAGAUGAAAUUCUUGCAGCGGCUCAGCAGACAAUCAGCACGAACGAGGCGUCGGGGCCGCGGGCACAGGGCCCCAAACGGGACAGGGGACGGACUUUCUAUAGCAACGAGCCAAACUACGCGGACCAGGCGGUGUCGGCGUCUGGCCUGGUUCUGGCCUACGAGCGGGCCCACUACGCCACGCCUCACGCAGCCCCGCACGGUAUGCUGCGGCAAAAAUCCAUCGGGGUGCCCGAGGAAGAGAAGCAGUUCCUGCAUCCUCCGGCUAUGAAGUUUGCCCGCAGUCUAUCAGUGCCUGGCCCGGAUGACAUCCCUCCACCCCCAACCACAGCGCCACCAGACCCUCCCUUUUCCUCUGCACCUCCCCUCGGUUGGCGAGCCAAGGCGUCCCAGCAGCCCCCCGUCUCUGUGUCACAGUCCUCGGUCGUUUCCUCAUACUACCAGCCCUACUCCCAGGCGGUGCACUUAACCCAAGUGGGCCGGGAGAGGGCAGGCGGCUCAGCAGUGGACCAUUCACCUUUCUAUUCCCACGUGGGCGCCCACACUGUCCAAAGCAGGACAGCUGCGCGUAAGGUUGCCUAUACCGGAGAGCCUAUCGGUGGGGCUGGGGCCGUCAAAGCAGCUGGUCUUCGGAGGGGCUACAGCAGCACCGUACCCCCGUCCAGCAUCGCGACCGUCAUGCCGCAACAACAACAGACAGGUCAACCGCAACGGGUAGAGCGCAGCCUAACUGGAGCAGGGGGUCCUAAAGGUGUUGCCCGGAGAGGCAAGGGUCCCCUGGUGAAACAAUCCAAGGUGGAGGACCUGCGAGCAGCCCAUGGCACACAAGGGGGCAAAGUGGAGAAGAGCUCCAUCCCCAUCCCCACCAUCAUCGUCAAGGCCCCGUCCACCAGCAGCAGCGGCCGUAGCAGCCAGGGCAGUAGCGUGGAGGCCGAUACCCCCGCCCCUGGGGAGGCGGAAGAAUCCAAAACUCCCCAUGGUCCUCCUCCUCGUACGCCUGCUCCUCAGCCCCCUGCACCUCCCUCCGUCCCCGCACCGCCUCCCCCGUCUCUGCCUUCCAUGCGAGCCCAGGACGGGUUGGACUUCACCAGCCAGUUCGGGGCGGCCGUCGUGGGUGCGGCUCGCCGGGACCGCGAACGCUUUCACGAAGCCCGCAGGAAGAGUGCCUCCUUGUUCAUGUCCGCAGAUGAGGACAUGGGUUUCGGUAGUGAUGGUGUGGGAGGACUAACGCGGGCUCACCUGUCGCAGCAGCAACUCAACACGCAAGCUGAAAGUUCGAACUCCAAGCUUCGGCCUUCAAAAUCCAUCGACGAGGGCAUGUUCUCCGGAGACACCUUCAUCCACCACACCCGCAGCAUGCCUCCAGCCUUUGGACUACCAGAGUACUCCUCACCCGCCCUGGACUAUCAGCCCAAGUCUGUUCCUGCUGACCUGUACACCGCUGCAAGCAGACAGCCCACCGCCUCCUCGACUUUCAUUCACCCCCUGACAGGAAAAGCUCUGGAUCCCACGUCGCCCCUCGGGCUCGCCCUGGCAGCCAGAGAGCGUGCCCUACGGGAUGACAGUCGGUUGAGAAGGGGCCCAGAGCGCCCCUUCAUGCGCCAGAUGUCCAGUGUUGUCUUCCCUUCGUCUACUAUCACCUCGCAGCCAGUGUCGUCCUCUGCCCAGUCCUCCAGCUCCUACUUGGUUACUUCCUCUUCCCUGGCCGCCACCACUCCUUCCGUUGGACGGCCACCCUCACCGAGAAUCCUCCGAGGGGGCGUGUGGGCUGAGGAGGGCGCAGGCGGCGGCGAAAGAGAACGCGAAGGAGGCGGCGCUCGCGAGGGACUCAGAGUUCGCUUCUCGGAGGACAAAACGGUCCACACGCACCCUUACCAAUCCCAGCCGUAUCAACCCGGCUUCAAGGAGCGAGAGCGGUCAGCGGACCGAGGGAGGGAGGCCUCUAGGGAACGAGAGCGGGAGAAAGAGCAUGAGGGCUACGUGAAGAGAGCUGAACAGUCCGCUAAUGAGCAGGCAUCCCAGCAGCCUCGGCGGCCUUCGUUCCUCAGAAUGGAGAGUCAAACCGACGCUUACAUCUUGUCCCGCACCACAAACUCCACCCUACCAACCAGUUCUCAACAGACGACCAACGUUACUGGGAACACCGGGUCUGGCCUGAUGGUUCUUCCACCGCCCGCCCCUUCGGUGGACGCGGACGAUGAAUUUGUCUACGCAGACCCCCUCCCACCGCCAUUAGAGUUUGCCAACAGCUUCGACAGGGGAUACUCACAACGCCGGCUUCUCCCCAACCUAACCCAACAGAAGAUACUUCCUCCUCUGCCUCCCCCACCACCUCCACCACCGCCGCCUCCACCUCCGCCCCCGCCCGUUCAAAAAGAACUGUUUGGAAGCACGUUUCCCACCCACACGCCCCUACCUUCGCCCCAGGCGGGUGACUCCACCGCCUCCAGCCUCACGUCUUACGACAGCGAGGUAGCUAACCUGACUCAAUCUGCUCACUCCCCCUCCCAGACUUCGCCCAACCCACCUCCUCCUCACUCACCUUCUAUCUUGCAGCCCACGUCAACAAGCGGACCCCCACCUCCACCCUCAGUGUCGCCGCCCCCGCCUCCCGGCUCCUAUCACAGGCCCUUGUCCGUGUCCCAUCCACACCACCUGUACAAUAGCACCCAUGCUCCUGGGCGCUCCUCACCCACUCCCCCGCUCACUGUAACUCCACCCCCUGCCUACCGGGGCCCCGCAGCCCUUUCCUCCACGGCUGUCACCUCCGCCCCUGUGCGGGCCACAGGCUCAUUUGCCAUGACCACAAGCUGUGCCGCCACAACCACCGCUGCUGCCACCACAACAAGCACCUCCACACAGCUCUACCAUGAGCGAACGCACACCACAUACGCUGCCCCCAUCCAGGGCACCCACCACAGGACAGGGGAGCGCCACCGUCCACCCCCCACGGCUAAGAAGGGAGAAUCCCAGGAGACGGUGGUGGACUCGGGCAUAGAAGAGCUGGACAGCCGCAGUAGUAGUGAUCACCACUUAGACAGCAUCCUGGCAAACGUUCGGGCUGAUAGGUUGUACCGAGGGGAGAGGGGGGGCAACCGGUUAGCAGGGGGAGCAGUAGAAUCGGCGGAACGUGGGGAUUUUCUUGAGUCGUACGUGAGCUACACGGACGGGCAAACUUUCGAGAUGCAGAAUGCCACAGCAGCAGCAUCAACCUACCCGAAAAGCAGCCGGUUCAGGGAGGGAAGUCGAGGGGGCGAGCUCCACAGACAGACAAGCACUGCCCCCGCGUCCUUCCACUCUCACAGGCGAAGGGAUGACCAUGAACAGGAAGAGGAGGGGGCAGAGGAGGGUGCCACGACGGAAGACGAAAGCGGCCAGGACGGAUACGGGAUGAGGGACAUGCAAAAUUUUGGACGUCCCAGCUCACCUUAUUUUGAGCGCCCACGCACUCCUGAAAUGAAGCCUCUUUGGGGUGAAGGACCAUUGGGCGGUGACACCGGGGGGCAGUUUGGGGCACUUUUAGAAGGGAAGAAGAUUUACCCUCCUGCUUCGAGUAUGAAGCCAAACAUGAUCAAUGACCUGAGCGGCAAACUGCAGCAAAGAACCAAGGACAACUGGAGCAGCCAGAGACCACUGAGCAGACACAGAUUCUCAGAAGAUUCAGCCUCAGCUCUGAGUCCCCCGUCGGCUCGCUCCCCGUCACCGUCGCCAAUCUCUUUAUCGCAACCUUCCCUGUGCCCGUCCCCGACCCCCGCCUCCCAGUACCCCAACUGGGGGCGUUCGCCAUCCCCUCAGCCUCCUGCCCCCUCACAGCCUCCCCGUUCACAUUCCCCACUGUCCCCGACAUCAUAUUCCCCAUAUCCGACUUCCCCCAAGCACAGACCUGUCUAUCGGACCAAAGCACUCGAGUUCCAGUUCAUCCCGAGUCGUGAGUCCCGCAAGGACCCUCACAUGCUCCAGCGCAAACGGGCACCCAGUCCUCUCAUCUCCCCGUCGGAGAGGCCCAAAUUGGGCCCGCCCCGUCCCUCGUCACUCCCUCUGCUUCCCACUUCGCCCCUGUUCAGUGCCAUGUACGAUCUACGGGGCUCAAUCACCCCACCCUCACCCGGUAACGCGCUUGGGGACCCCUACUUCUCACCCUCGCCACCCCUCUUUGCACCUUCCGGGGCCCCUCCUCCUCCAAACUCCACCUUGGUUGUUUCCCGCUCUCUUUCUCCCACUCACUUCCUGUCCGGGACGUCUUCACCACCCCUGCACCCGCUCCCCCCACCUACCUGUCUGAGCUACCCCCACCUGCCGCCACCAUCCCCGAACAAGCCCUUCGCCUCCAAGCCGCUGCCCUACUGGACCAAGUUCGACGUGGCCGACUGGCUGGGCUACCUGAAUCUGGCCGAGCACCGUGAGCGCUUCCUGGACAACGAGAUUGAUGGCACCCAUCUGCCCUCGCUCACAAAGGACGACUACCUGGAUUUGGGCGUCACCCGCGUAGGCCACCGGAUGAACAUAGAACGGGCCCUGAGGUCGGUGAUUGACAGGCUCUCCAGCAGCCCCUUCCCCAUGUCGGUGCUCUCACCUCGAGACGAGGGGAGGAUGGAUGACGGGAGUCGCAGUUGAAGUGGCGGUAGAGGAGGAAUUCACUUGAAUAGGUCGGUGCAAGAAGUCGGUGGAUUGUCCCGAAAAGUCACGGAAGAUGACGCGGUGUUUCAAAUGGAAUCGCCGGGAUAUGGUAGGACAAACAAAGGGCUCCCCGUAUGUGACCCGUUCAUCCCCAAAUGCCGUUUGGCAGCGCCAUGACAUCACAAUAGCAAAACUGACCAAAGGAAUGGUCCGAAAUCCAAAACAGGAGCCCGAGAAGGUUUUUGGUUGACACUGGAGAAUAUGUCCAGGCUUACCUCAGCGCUGUGAUCGACAUCCGACGUCACUUUUAAUGACAAAUGUACAGACUGGUCACUGUAUCCUGUUGUAGCAUAAACAAGUGCCCAGACCCACAACAUCAAAAAUGGUACACACACAAUGGAAAGUCCUUUGAGCAUUUGGUCCCUAUCAUACUAGUGCGAUGAAUUGUCCAUGUACUAGUAUAUUUUGUCCUUGCUUUUAAGACAAUUCAGCACACUAGAACAACUCUCCAACUUCUGAUGUUUCUUUUUUUUUUACUGCUGUAUGACAUUUCUGUGCACUGGCAGAACAAGCAUGUUACUCACCAGGCAAAUCUGUGCACUAGUUGACAAUUUUAUGCUUCUAGUAUUACUAAUGAAGCACUAGGUGUUAACUAGUCGAAUUUUAUUAUGUCUUACUAGUGACAUACAAUUGUAAAAUAGUGGACAGUUUUGCCUCAUGAGUAACAUGCAGUUGUUCUACUAGUGCGCCCCAGUCAGUCUACCAGUGCAAGAAAUGUCAUACAAUAGUGGAAUGCACUAGAGGAAAAAUCACUGCUAAGACAGUAAUUCUACUAAUUCAACCUAGUCAUUGUAGUAGUGUACCCCACUUGUUCCAUAAGUGUGCCCUUGUCUUUCUACUAACGUGCUGAAUUGUAUUGGUAGAGGCAGCAAAUAGCAUACUAGUAUACUAGUACAUACACCAAUCAGGGCGCUAGUAGGAUAUCGAAUAAAAGCCCAAUUUACAGACAAAAAUACACUUCCAAGGCACACUUAAACUUUAUGGGAUGCAUGUAGGUCUUUUA